CAAGAUGGCGCAGGCAAUAUUUGAAGCGCUUGAAGGGAUGGACAAUCAGACUGUCCUGGCAGUCCAGUCUCUGCUAGAUGGACAAGGAGGUGUUCCAGAUCCAAACAACCAGAAUGGUUCAGGCACCUCUACGAUACAGCCAAUGGACGAUGAGGAUGUGUUCCUUUGCGGGAAGUGCAAGAAGCAGUUCAACUCGCUGCCCGCCUUCAUGACCCACAAGCGGGAGCAGUGCCAGUCCAACGCCCCGUCCCUGGCCACUGUUUCAUUGGCCUCCAGUAAUGCCUACACCCCAGUGCCCUCCAUUAGCUCUGUGCCACAGACCCCCUCUAACCGACAGGUGUCCACAUAUAUCACUGUACCCCAGUCUCCUCUUACUCACACACUGGUCCAGGGAAAUGUUCUUGUCAGCGAUGAUGUCUUGAUGUCUGCCAUCUCAGCGUUCACCUCAAUGGACCAGCCAAUGGCUGCCAUGCAGCCUCCCAUUCAGAGCAACUUGAGCAUGCACACAGGACCAUCGUACCUCCAGCACCAUCAGCACCCUUCCCACCCACUUCCGCCUAGCCAGACGCAGCCGAUGUCUUCCCAGGUGCAGUCCAGUAACAGCAACUCUGUCGUCCAAGUCUACAGCACACUGCCCCCAAUGGCUGGGGGUGGUAACGCAGAGGUUCAAACACUGGGAUUGCAGCCAUUCCAACAGGUCCAGAUCCCAAGUCAGUGUGUGGACAGCCCAGCAUUCACCACCCCACCAGUAUACAGUCCAGGAAAGCAGGGCUCCAAAACCAAGACAUGCAGCAUUACAGCCAACAUGGCUGAACUCGGGGACUUCCACAAAGCGGGAAACCAGAGACGAACCAAAAAUGACAACAACGGACAGGAGGCAGGACAAAUGAAGGGUAAAGCCCAGAAGCUGAAAUGCAACUUCUGUGAAAAAACCUUCACAAAGAACUUCGACCUUCAGCAGCAUAUCCGUAGCCACACAGGAGAGAAGCCUUUCCAGUGCAUUGUGUGUGGACGGGCCUUUGCCCAGAAGUCCAACGUGAAGAAGCACAUGCAGACCCACAAGGUGUGGCCCUCCGGAGCAGUCAGCACUGUCUCCCGGCUGCCCAUCACGGUCAAAGUGGUCCCACUGUGCGCUGAGGAGGACCCAGAGCAGCCCGGGGAAGACGACGGAGACCCAGGGGAGCUGGAGGAGAGGGAUGGAGAUCCACACACGGAGGGGGACAGCCAGGGCGAUGCUAAGCAUGCUGGGAAAACCAAGAGCAAGCAGAUCAUCCUGAUUGACAGCUCGUACCAGUGCCAGUUCUGCGCCGAGAAGUUCAGCACCUACUUCCAGCUGAAGUCUCACAUGACCCAGCACAAGGAUGAGCAGGUGUAUAAGUGCGUGCUGAAGUCCUGCUCGCUGACCUUCCAGAAGCUGGACCUCUUCCUGGAGCACAUCCGCACGCACCAGGAGCAGCUCACCUACCGCUGCCACCUGUGCAGCAAGGUGUUCCCCUCGCUGUUCGAGCUGGGGGUGCACCAGUACUCCCACAGCUUCUGUCCCCAGCAGAGCCCACGCAAGGAGCCCACCUUCUACAGGUGCAUGAAAUGCCAGAGCAGGUAUUCAACACAAGAAGCCUUGGAACAGCACCUCCAGACAGCGUCUCACAACUUCCCAUGUCCGCAUUGCCAAAAGGUCUUCCCCUGCGAGAGAUACUUCAGACGGCACCUCCCCACUCACGGCAUCGGCGGGAAGUUUAAGUGUCAGAUCUGCAAGAAGUUCUUUAAGACGGAGCACUACCUCAAGCUGCACACGCGGAUACACUCCGGUGAAAAGCCUUACAAAUGCUCAGUGUGCGACGCCACGUUCAACCGCAAGGACAAGGUGAAGAGGCACAUGCUGAUCCACGAGCCCUUCAAGAAGUACAAAUGUCCCUUCAAGACGCAUGUUGGCUGCACAAAGGAGUUUAACAGACCAGAUAAGCUGAAGGCCCAUAUAUUGUCCCAUUCCGGCAUCAAGCCCUACAAAUGCCAGUACUGCUAUAAGGCUUUCAGCCGGCGGGCCCACAUGCUGGAGCAUCAGCGCUCACACACAGACAACUACCGCUUCCGCUGCCCCACCUGCAGUAAGGGCUUCACCCGCCAGAAAUACUUCAGGGACCACAAGUGUCCCCACGCUGUGGGGGCAGAGAAGGAGGGCAUGGACAAGAGGGGGGGCCGGAAGGGGCGGGGCCAAGGCGGGCGCAGGGGGGCAGGGAACAGCAAGGGCAGUGAGAGUCCCGGCGAGGUAGAGAUGGAGCAGGAGGGGAAGGUGGUGGAAAUGGAGGAAGAGGAGGAGGAGGAUGACGAAGAAGAGGAGGAGAGGCAGGACCCGGAGGAGGAGCAGCCAAGUGUCGGGGCAGAGAAGGGCGCCGCAGGGGGAGGGGACGAGGAUGGGGGCGAGGAAGAGCUGGAGGGCACGGAGGAGCUGGCCCAGAUGCAGAGCGAGGCGAACGCGAGGCUGCUGACCGUGCCUGUGUACAUAGAGACUGUGGACUGACCAGGUCAAAUUCAGUCCCGACAAGGAUGUCCGUACCUCCGAGCAUGCUGUAGAGGACGUUUCUGUAGAGGGCGCCCGACAGAUUCAUUCCUACUCAUUGAAAACGGACCUAGAUAUGGCUAAAAGGACCACGAUGUGUUCAAUCAAGUUUACAAAGGGAUUCCAAUCACUUUGUCCUUCCUGCCGAGGGGAGGGCGUGUGGUACUUUCCCCUGAUGUUUUACAUUAAAACGUUAAGAGCGUGACAGCUUCAGCUGACAGCAUUGAGAUUACUCAGAGGCAGCAUAUUAAUUCUGCUGUGUUAUAAACAUGAGAAAUUUAUCA